AUGGCUGUAGAAGAAGAUCCAGCGUUUAUUGGAAUUGACUUGGGAACCACAUUCUCUUCUAUAGUUUAUUAUGACACUAUCAGAAAGGAACCUGUCUUAAUUGAAGACGAAACAGGAAAAGAACAAACAGCAUCAUGGAUUAGUCUUUCACAACUAGAUACUGGUGGUAGUGUUGUUGUAGGGAAUGUUGCUAGGAAUAGCACUAAUUUAGUUUAUGUUAUUUAUGACAGUAAGAGAAUAAUAGGAAAAAAUGAAAGUGAUGUUAAUUAUGAAGAUCGUGAACGUUGGCCAUUUGAUGUGAGAAGUAGAGACAAUGGAUGUGCUUAUAUUGAAUGCUAUAAUCCAUUGACUCAAAAUACUGAAGGGUUUGAACCAGAAGAAGUUAGCGGAAUGAUAUUAAAAUAUUUAUAUGGAAUUGCUCAAAAUAAACUUGGUAAUCGUCCAAUAUCAAAUGUUGUUGUUACUGUUCCAGUUGAUUUUAAUGAUAGACAAAGAGAUGCAACAUUAUUAGCAUGUAAAUUAGCGGGAAUUAAGAAUGUCUCACUUGCUAAUGAACCAACAGCAGCUAUUAUUGAAUAUAAAAGAGAAUAUCCAAAUUCGUUAAAAGGUGGAGAUAAAAUUGUAGUAAUUGAUUUUGGAGGUGGAACAUUAGAUGUGACAUGUUGUAAAAUAGCAAAUGAUAGUAUUAUUGUAGAGUCAUGUGGAGGAAAUCAAAAUUUAGGAGGAAAUGAUUUUGAUAAUGUGAUGAUUGAUAUCAUUAAAGAAAGAAUAAAAGAAAGUAUUCCAGGGUAUUAUAAAAGGAAACGAGGAAUGACUCAAAAAGAAAAGAUAAUACUCAACAAGAAAUUAAUUAGAUUAAAGAAAGAAUCAGAAAGAGUUAAAAUUAAAUUAAGUAAUAAAACUGUUACUGAGUUAAAUUUAGAGUUAUUGUUAUCUGAUGAUUACUAUGAUAUUGGUAUUAACAUUGAUCCUACUAUUACAAGAAAAGCAUUUGAAGAAGAGUGUGACAAAAGAGGAUUAUAUAAAGAAUUUAUUAAUAAAAUACAAGGGGUUACUCUGAGAAAAGGAUAUAAAAAAAGAACUGUUCAACUAGUAUUGUUAAUUGGUGGAACAUGUAAAAUGCCAAGAAUUAGAGAAGAAGUUGCUAGUUUAUUUGAUAGACAAACAUUUUCUGAUAAAAAUUUCAAUCCACUCAGUGCUGUCGCAAAAGGAGCUGGAUAUUUAGCAUAUUCAAAGGGUGUUGAUUGUGUUAGUAAUAAAAUUGUAUAUGACAUUGUUCCAACACCAAUUGGAAUAGAGGUAGAAGGAGGAAUUUUUGAAUCACUUAUUAAAGCUGGAGAAGCAAUUCUUCCUAAAAACGUAAUUAGAAGACGAUAUUCCACCACUGUUAACAAUCAGACAUAUGCUAAGUUUAAAAUUUAUAGAGGAUUUGGUAAAUAUACCAAUUCUGAUGGAAUGGAAUAUAUUACUACACUCACUAUUAAUGGAAUUCCUAAGAGAAAAACUGGAAAAUGUGUAAUUGAAUUUACAACUCAAGUUAAUGAAAAUGGAAUUAUGGAACUAACUGCCUCUGUUGUUGGAACUGAUGUUAAGACUAAUUUAACUACUGUUGUAGAUUUAUCUAAAACCGAAGAAGAAGUUGAACAAUUAUUUGAACACUUUCAAAUGUUUUAUUAA